AUGAGCUCUCAUGACGUUGACGUGAAAACUACGGUGGACACGCCGCAGGCGACCGUGCCCGAAAACACGGCGAAUGUCAGCCAGCCGCUAUCGAAGAACGCGCAGAAGAGACUGGCGAAGGCUGCCCGGACAGCGGAGCUGAAGAAAGAGCGGCGCGCGGCCGAGAAGGAGAGAAAGAAAGAGAAGAAGCGCGUCCAGGCGGAGAAACGGGCUGCUGGGGAGCUCGAGGGCAAGGACGAUGAGCAGGCCCUCUCGAGGAAGAAGAGGCGGAUGGGCGAGGGUCCGCGCACGCCUUUCGGAGCGACGGUCGUCGUCGACCUCGGGUUCGACAGCAUGAUGACGGACAAUGAGGUCAAAUCGCUUACGUCGCAGCUCGCGUACACUUACAGUGCGAACAGGAAGGCGGAGCGGCCGUUCGCGCAUCUGCUAUUCACGUCGCUCAAUGGACGCACCUUGACGCGUCUGGAGAGCUUGAACAAUGCCGCAUAUAAGCGGUGGGUAGACGCAGAAUGGUGGGAGGAUGGUUACGAGAAGCUAUGGGAGGGUGCGAAGGAGGGCAAACAUGAAGACGAGACUGUCCCGCCCAUGGACAAUACAGAUGCCCCCGACAAUGUUGGGGAUGCAGAGCGGCAGGAGGAGCGCAAAGGAAAUGGCAAAAGGCGGAGAAAGCAGCCUGUGUCGGCACCGAGGGAAAGUGUGGUCUAUCUCACUGCAGACUCCUCCGAGGAACUCACAGAACUGAAAGAGGACGAAACGUACAUCAUAGGUGGCAUAUGUGAUCACAAUAGGUACAAGAACCUCUGCCUGAACAAAUCCCGCGAUACACAUAUUCGCUCCGCACGCCUGCCCAUCGGAACGUACCUUGCAGAGCUCAAGACUCGCAAGGUGCUGACAGUGAACCAGACCUUCGAGAUUCUGCUCAAGUGGGUCGAGACACGCGACUGGGAGCAGGCGCUCUGGGCGGUGAUCCCGAAGCGCAAGUUCCACGAGGCGCGCAAGCGGGGGAAAGGAGGGACAGAUAAGAGCGGGGAUGCAAGCGAGGGAGAUGACGAUGGGGCUGAAGGCGAAGAGGAGGUCAAGGAGAUUACCAUUGAUGCACACGCUUUGGAGGAGGCGGGUGAGCAAGGAGAAGCGGACGAGGCGAAAGCUGCUGUUGAGGCACGGAUGAACGAAGGUACGACGCAGGAGGAGCAAGAAGCAGACCAAUAG